GCCCAUGAGCCUCCUUCCCCUGGCGGCCGUCGCACGCUCCGCGCCACACAACCCGCUACGGCUGCUCGCGAGAAGCCUGGCCGUCAUGGCGGAGCCGCUGAAGUCUGUGGACUACGAAGUGUUCGGGACAGUGCAAGGUGUUUGCUUCAGAAUGUACACAGAAGGAGAAGCUAAGAAAAGAGGUCUUGUUGGCUGGGUGAAGAACACAAAAAAAGGCACAGUGACAGGUCAAGUGCAAGGCCCUGAAGAAAAGGUCAAUUCCAUGAAGUCCUGGCUGAGCAAGGUUGGGAGUCCUAGUUCUCGCAUCGACCGGGCCGACUUUUCUAACGAAAAAACAAUCUCUAAACUGGAAUACUCUGAUUUUAGUAUUCGAUAUUAAUGGAAGAAAAAUAUCAAUUGCAAUGCUCAUAUUAUAGAAAAUAAAACAUAUUCUUAGGUUUAUAAUAGUAGGAGAGUAGGAUUAAAAAUGGAAAGUUUCUGUUCUGAAAUUAUGUAUUAUUGACAUUUGCUCACCUAUGUUUUAGCAAGCAGAAACUUAAUAUUAUAAAAUAAAAUGUCAUUAUAAAUUAUCUGCUAUGAACAUUCAAGUAAAAUGUUGUCUUAUGGAGUCAUUCAUUUCAGAAAACAUUACAGUAUACAUGUUAUUUUCUGUUACAGUAUAUAUGUUAUUUUGCUAGACAUAAAAUAAAAUUAUCUAAAAUUACCUUUGGGUACUGUUGCCUAAUAGGCUGACUUUUAAUGUCCUCUGAAUAAUAAUUUACUAUUAAGGUUGAGGGACUAGUCUUAAAAAUGGUUAAGAUAAAUUUGUGUGAUGAUCAUUGUAACCAGAAAGUAAUAGCAAUAAAGAGUUAGGAUGUAAAAUUCUGCUUACACUCAAGCCUGAUUCAGUGCAAAGUUGGACUUACUUAGUAUCCUUGACUUCACUGUUCUGUGGUCUGGAUAGGCAAGCUUUGUGACAGCAGCUAGAAGAGCUAGUUUCAGUAUAGCAAGCUUUGAAAUUUUAAACCUACUCCCUUCAGUUAUUACCCUAUGACUAAAAGCACUGAGAGUCCAAAUAAAUCACCUAAACUUGGACUGUCAUUUGGGCAUAUCUUCAAAUGAUAAUCAGGCAACACACUAUUGAAGAGAGGAUUCAUUUCUAUACCAUGGAAUUACAAUACUGAAUAGGAAAGACCUUUAACAGAAAAUACAACAGGAUUUCAGUUGCACAUAUAUUAUAAAUGUUCUUCACUAAUUUCUAUUUUAAAUUUUAUUUCUUUUUUAUUGUGUAUAUGCAUGUGCAGAUAUGUGUGAAUACAAAAAUGCAUCAUGAUGUGUGUGUAGAGGUCAGAGGACAACUUUUCAUAAGUCAUUUCUUUCCUAUCUUGUAUCUUGUAUCUUCCCUGAGUCCCAGGCUUCAAGUACCUUUAUCUUUGUAGACCUGAUUUUCACUUUUUUUCAUAUACCAAUGGAACCCUCAAUUAAAACACAGCUUUAUGUAGAACUGAAUACAUAAAA